UGCAUGAUGUCCUUGUCUUGCGACUUUUGAGACAACCAACCAAAGUCCUUAAAUAAUAGCCUCAUCAAUAAACACCCUUUGACUCACUCACUCCUAAAUCUUUCUCUUUUCUUUUUUUUCUUUCCUCCAAAAUGGAUCCAACCCAUCCACAAAUCUAUGAAGUUCCUCCCUACCUUCGUGUACACAAAGACGGAACCGUCGAAAGAUAUGCCGGCAUUGCCGUCGUUCCUCCCGGCAUCGAUCCUCAUACAAACGUUAUCUCCAAAGACAUCACAAUCAUCCCAGAAACCGGUGUCACAGCAAGACUAUAUUCUCCAAACAAUUCAACUUCAGAAAAGCUUCCAUUGAUUGUAUACUUCCAUGGUGGAGCCUAUUGUAUAGCUUCAUCCUCCGACCCUGUUUACCAUAACUCCCUCAACAAACUUGUAGCAGAAGCAAACAUCAUAGCUAUCUCGGUUAAUUACCGGUUAGCACCGGAACAUCCACUUCCAGCCGCUUACGAUGAUUCUUGGGAAGCAGUUCAAUGGAUUGCUUCACAUGCUGCUGAAAAUGGUGAAGAGAAUGAUUAUGAAAGUUGGCUUAAAGAAAAAGUUGACUUUAACAAAGUUUUCUUGGCAGGUGAUAGUGCAGGUGCUAACAUAGGAAACUACAUAGCCUUAAAGGAUCAUAAUUUCAAUUUCAAGAUUUUGGGUCUUAUCAUGGUGAAUCCUUACUUUUGGGGUAAGGAACCAAUUGGUGAGGAAACAAGUGAUGAUUUGAAGAGAAGAAUGGUGGAUAGAUGGUGGGAAUUGGUUUGUCCUUCUGAUAAAGGAAAUGAUGAUCCUUUGAUUAAUCCGUUUGUGGAAGAAGCACCAAGGCUUGAAGGGUUAGGUGUUGAAAAAGUUCUUGUUACUGUUUGUGAGAAAGAUAUAUUGAUAGAAAGAGGUAAACUUUAUCAUAAUAAAUUGGUUAAUAGUGGUUGGAAAGGAACGGCUGAAUUAUAUGAGAUUCAAGGGAAAGAUCAUGUGUUCCAUAUUUUCAAUCCUGAGUGUGAUAAAGCUAAGAGUUUGAUUAAACGCAUAGCUGUUUUCAUCAAUGAAUAGUAAAGUUUUUCAAUAAUCCAAGUAUGUGUUUGUCUUUGUGUGGAAGCAUAUUAUUCAUUAAUAAUAAUGAGUUGUGUUUUUGUGUUUAAAUA